ACUCCCUAAACUACUUGAAUAGAGAGGGGGAAAUGGAGUCGAGUCGUCUUUUCCGUUCCCUUUCAUCCUCCGGAAAUUUGACUGGAUCCAAAGAUUGCCAUGGAAAUCAACAAAGACAUCGCCAUGCCCUCAACGUGUGUCCUAUGAAAUCAAACAAAUAUCCCGGAUCAACAACAAAGAGUGUGUGGUAUACUGCCUCCCCAGUCUCUUUGCUGAGCAACAACAUUCAGCGACACAUUGACUUCUUGGUAUGCAACCGAAUAGCCAUGCUCUACAUCAGCAUUUGCCACCCCCUUCCCUAACAAAAAGUGUGUUUUAGUAUGGAAAGUUGUUGCUAUGCAUCAGUUAUAGAGGAACACGCAUGCAUUUGACUUUUAGCAGUGUAUAGUGUGACUGAAUAGCCGACGACUGUCUACAUUUUCACACCGUCUAUUGUUGCUUUUAUACUUCUCAACUUUCUUUCUUGUGUUAUUCAGCCGUUUAACCAAAACCACAGUCAGCAAUCUCACAAUACCUGGGAUUGAUGAUGCACGCGGACCAAUAGGAGAGGGGCCUCGGCACGCGGAUUGUUAUUUGAUGGGUGCAUGUUAGUAGGGGGAUAGGGCCUCCUCCAAUGAUCGUCUGAGUACCGGGUCACAUGUUUGGUCCCCCCUUCCUCUCCAUUCAUCAGGGGUGGACUGUGUUGUCUUUUCAAUUCAUUUAUCUGCAGGAAUGAUUGCGACUAUCAGUCUGAAGCUCACCGCCUGACUGGGGAGGUGAAAGUUUCGCCACAGGAAGAUAAACCGCAAAAUACAAUAUUGUACAUGAUUUGCGUGUGCAUCGGAUGAGAAUUAGUGUGGGGGAAAAUUCCAUUCUUGUUUUAGGUAAAUAGAAAACCGGUGGAUUGGAGUUUGUACUCCUCUGUAAGGUCUGAGAGAGACUUUUGCAGAAAGAGAGAAAGCGAGAGAGGUAUAGGAGUGAGAGAAUAACUGUUCGUGAUUUUUUAUUUCUGCUCUCAGUCGCCUCAUUGAGUUGUAGACUGCCGGAAGAUGCUUCUGGAUGCAGGACCCCAGUACCCCACCAUAGGAGUCACUACGUUCGGCUCCUCAAGGCAUCACUCAACAGGCGAAGUCACAGAAAGAGAAGUGGCUUUGGGGAUAAAUCCGUUCGCAGACGGGAUGGGAGCUUUUAAAAUCAACCACAGCUCCCACGACCUGGGCUCCGGCCAGACGGCGUUCUCCUCUCAGGCUCCCGGCUACGCUGCUGCCGCCCUGGGUCACCACCACCACCCGACACACGUCAGCUCCUACUCCACCGCAGCCUUCAACUCCACCCGGGACUUUCUCUUCAGAAACCGGGGCUUCGGGGAUGCCACCAGCGCGCAGCACAGCCUGUUUGCCUCGGCAGCGGGAAGUUUUGCAGGGCCACAUGGACACUCCGAUGCCGCGGGGCACCUGCUCUUCCCCGGACUCCACGAGCAAGCCGCAAGUCAUGCAUCAUCAAAUGUCGUCAACAGCCAGAUGCGGCUUGGCUUUACCGGGGACAUGUACGGCCGGGCUGACCAGUACGGCCAUGUUACGAGCCCCCGCUCCGACCACUACGCCUCCUCCCAGCUGCACGGCUAUGGCCCCAUGAACAUGAACAUGGCGGCUCACCACGGGGCAGGGGCCUUCUUCCGAUACAUGAGGCAGCCCAUCAAACAAGAGCUCAUCUGUAAGUGGGUCGAGCCCGAACAGUUGUCGAACCCCAAAAAGGCUUGCAACAAAACGUUCAGCACGAUGCACGAGCUCGUGACCCACCUGACAGUGGAGCAUGUCGGUGGACCGGAGCAGUCUAACCAUAUCUGCUUCUGGGAAGAGUGCGUCCGAGAAGGAAAACCGUUCAAAGCCAAAUACAAACUGGUAAAUCAUAUCAGAGUACACACCGGAGAGAAACCAUUCCCGUGUCCCUUCCCCGGCUGUGGAAAAGUGUUUGCCCGAUCGGAAAACCUGAAAAUCCACAAAAGGACACACACUGGUGAAAAACCUUUCAAGUGUGAGUUUGAGGGCUGCGACAGACGGUUUGCCAACAGCAGCGACCGGAAGAAACACAUGCACGUCCAUACAUCUGACAAGCCUUAUCUCUGCAAGCAAUGCGACAAGUCCUACACACAUCCAAGCUCUCUGCGGAAACACAUGAAGGUUCACGAGGCUACCACGCAAGGACCCCAACCGUCACCAGCGGCCAGUUCCGGCUACGAAUCGUCCACGCCGCCCACCAUCGUGUCCCCGUCCACAGAGAACCAUAAUUCCAGUUCCAUAUCACCGGCAACCUCGACAGUACACCACACGACCAGUCACCACACCACGCUGUCGUCAAAUUUUAAUGAAUGGUACGUGUAAAAUAUUUUCACAAAGACUGCAGAAAUAGGACUGCUUGGAAUCAAAGACUUUGAAAGUCAGUCUAUAAUGCGUGGACAGAGAAAAAUAAGAGGAAGCCAAAAUGGUUGGUUAAUGGCUACAGAGAGAGAGACAGAGUGAUGCAUGGACAAGGUGCACGACCAGCUACCAAGUUAAAGUUUUUUUUACACAUUUUCUCCCCCUCCCCCCCGGCUCUUUUUUUGAAAGACUGCACGCAAGAUAUCUCAAUGCAUGCUAUCUGCGAUUCGUGGCCUGAUUUUCUUUGUACAUAAAGAUUCACAGUUCAAACAUGUUAUAUUUUAUUUUGUAAAUAGUUACAUCACAGUUUAAGGGCAUUUGUGAAAAUGUGGUCCCUAGAUAUAUGGAAAAUGAGAUGGUUUUAACAAUAAUAUUGCGAUGACUAGUGUUGAUUGAACAGAAUGUUGUAGUUGAUGUGUACCCAAUGUGAAUUACUCAGUAUAACUACCGUCUCCACUAUGACGUCGACCUUACCGACUAUUAGUCUAUUUAUGUGCUUUUGUAUUUGGUGCCACAUUCCGUCUACGGUCCAGUUGGAGUAGCACAGUACUUACCAUUGCUGUUAUUUAAUGUCAUGUCGAUAAAUCGUGUAGUGAAAGCCUGAAACUCCGUGUCAAUCUGUUUAUGUACGUGAUAAAAGAUUUAAAAAAAACGAUUUGUCCAUUACCUUGAUAAUGUCAAGGAAGUAUUACCUACAUGUAUAUAGCUCAAUUUUCCAUAUUUAUCCGCAUGUAAAGGGUAACGUUAGAAAUGAUCGGGAUUUAUGGAGAAAUACGCUCUUAUGUAGAAUUUAGUCUACACAAAAUGUUUGGUUACAUUUCGUACUAUAUUAAAGCAUAAAAAAAUACAACCAACUAUUGUCUUCCAAUAUUUUUUGUUUCUCAUAGCCUACUGUCUAAAUAUGACUGGACAUCAAAAUGACUGCUUCGUGAUUACCUACGUAUACCAUUAUCAUUAACAACACAGUUAAAUAGGGAACUAGGCAUUUAGUAAAGCAUGAUAAGCCUAUAUGAGGUAUUAUAUUGAAAUAACUAUCGUACUAAAAGUAACAGUUUUAAAUGACAUGUUCAGGGGGACAUAAAUGAAAUAGGUGGUGGACAUUUCAUAACACCUAGACUAUCAAUAAAGGGACAUGAUAUGUGGACCGUCUUAUCAGGCUAGGCUAAGCUAGUGCUCUAUCACCCGCUUAUCAAAGGGCACCACCUAAAUCACAUCAUGCUAGCCUUUUUAGGCUUGCAGAAUCCAAUUCAGUAAUACGAUUUAAUGUUACGUAAUUUGAUUAUUCCUGUCCUUGUCUCCUGUUAAUCCAUAAUUAACAUACCAGUCCUUGCCCUCGAGUAAUUCGAGAAUGUAAACGGUUAAUCGUGACGGAUAUAAUUAUCAGUCUGUGUAAACGAAAUUGUUUAUGUUUUUACUUAAUUGUUCUCGAUGUAAUUCAGUUUCCCCAAAGCUAGCUGUGUCAGAUGGAUGUCAUAGUGCCGAGGAAGUGUUGGGACUUCUGGAGUCAGUGUUGUAGUCUUUGUUCCGUGGUGUAGCCAGCCUGGUUGACCGGACCAUUAGGCAGGGUUCACGUCAACAGACAGACGCCAGUGAUCACCAGCCUGGCCUGCGUCGUUAACACUGCCAGUGCGCUAAGGCGACACAGAAUAGAAUCAUAUAAUCCCCGAUCUGUCAGUCUACAGCUGACAACAUGACACGUUGGACAGGCCGAAAAAUGACGAAACAAUUCUAACAGAAAAGACGAAGACAAAUGGCCUGCACACAAUGUUCAGUUGAUCAGUCAUCAGUAACAAUCCUCACGCAGUGUGUUUAUGUGUUUUAUUUUUUACAUAUAGUUUUACAUAUACAGUAAUACUACGUGCCUAAACAUUUUCUCUGAUUUGAAAUAAGAUCUUUAUUUUUUUAUUUUUUAUUAAAAUGAUUUGCAAUCGUACAGGAUAGAACUAAGAGUUGAAAUAUGAUCUCUUUUUAUAAAAUACGUUACCAUGGUCCAGGAUGAAAUAGAAGAAUUACUAUGUGUUUUUCCAAGUCCAUAUAAAACACCUUUGAUUUAAAAUGUAAGAGUGUGUGUAUGUGCGUUCGUGUGUGUGUAAUUUAAAUGGCGGAAUUUCCUGAUAUCUGAGGUGAUUUGUUUGAACUGUAUUCCUAUUAUGUUGGCGUGCCAGGAUAUUCAUUUCUUUUCCUGAUAAAUAUGGCGGUACUAAAAUGACUUUUCCGACUCUAUUUAAAACUAUCUAUUUAGAUUCUAGUGCCAAUACGUUUUCAUUCAUGCAUCAUUUAGACCAGCAAUAGAAAGUGCUGUGUAUAUCAUAUACCCAUAAAUAUGUUUUGCAUUAUAGAAUGACAUUGGUUUUGUUUGAAAAGACCGGUCGUUCUCCAACAAAGCUAAAAAAGCUUUGCUUAUAUCGACUCUGGUCUUGAAUGUCCUUAGCAUUUAUUUUGAACUAAAGGCCUCAAAUAUAACUUUAUAAUAUUAUUAGAUGUUACCAGAUCAUAUCGUUAUAUCGCACACCUGGUUUUGGAAAAAGCAACAAAUGCAUGUCGAGGCUGAAUUCAACUGCAAAGUGUCUUGAACUACGAGACAACCAUGGUCUCCUCAUGCCAAUAUCAGCGCUACACAGACAGACACUACUAAAGCAUGUAUAUGCAGAGAUUCCAUUAGGUUACUCAAGUUCAAGACGAUUGUAUUCAACUAGUAAUAACUCUGUCCAUGCAGGGGAGGCUUUAGAACCACACACUGUGGGUCGUAGUGAUAGCCUAAAAAGUAACACAAUAGUCCUAUAAUUACCAAUGUCCUACAUUUGUUCUUAGUCUUUUCAAAUGUUAAUAGUUGACUUUUGUUCUGUAAUACCACAUGACGAUGUCUGUUUUUUAAUGUAAAUGUCAAUUACAUUGUUUAUGUGUGUUUAUGACUAAUUUAAUUACAUUUGUUUUACAUUUUGGAAUGUAAACGAAAUAUAUAUAUAUCUGGUAGAAUCAAUAUUUGAGAUUCUUCCUUUACAAAAAUAGCCGACAUGGAAAUCUUCUCGUCUCCAUACGAAGAUGUCUGAAUGACAGGCGGUGUAGCCAACACGGCGUGCAUGGGCUCUUAUGAACCGGAUAAUCGACGGAAUAAGGAAAUCUCAUCCUUUCAGUUUUGUUCACACUAACUUAAUUUGUUCAGUUGACUGUAUUGCGACGUUUCUUAACGGUCACAACAAGCUGAAAACAGCAGAGUCGCGUUUAAAGCUCACGAACAGCGCAGGCGCCAGCCCUCAGUGCGCCUAGCUUGUCAAUGAAUAUUUAUGACUUACGCUAGCAGCCAGUUUAAACCCAGGCGGAGCUGUGUGUGUUGUUUUCAAUGAUAGAAAUGAAUGCGAUCUUGCACGUUCCAACUAUGACUUAUAUUUAAACCUUGACCCAUGAAAACAGACAUGUGUCACUUUAUAACUUUAACACGCAGGUUAUUGCAAAGUAAAAUAUCCUGUUCCAAAUAUGAUAGUCAGAUUAUAGCAUAGUAUGGUCCAAUGAUAAUAUAGACGUCAAAUAUUAAAUUAAGAUGUUAAUGGAAAAUCAACGUUUUAUUAUUUGACUAACAGACCUACAAAACGGGUAAUACUAACUAUCGAACAAAGCUUUUAGCUACCAAAUAGCUGCUUACUUUCUCCAAUAAUAUAAGACAAUAUGUUUCAUAAUUUCAGAGUAAUUUCAUGUUCUGAACAAAGUUUAGAAGACAUUCUGUAUGAUUAUGUUCGUUAUUGUUAUACCCUAACCUUUUUUCCCUGAUUGGGUGUUGGAGUUUAAACCUGGCAACUUGUUUCUAACGCGCACUUGAUGUUGGCCUAUACAAUCCUCAAAUCUGUCAAGUUAUUAACAUAGUUGCCAGGCUGCUGGAAGGAUUAGUCUAGUAUCAAGUUACUGAGUUGACUAGUCUAUGUACUAGAGCUGAGGCGUUGGUUGAACCCGGCAGUACAUGGAGCCCCGGAGGUACACGGAGACCCAGCCGGAGAAGAGAAGGAAAGCUGUUGUGCCACUUGAUGAAUCAUGACUGCCCGUCCACGGUUCCACAUGUUCAUCCCACGGUGCGCAGAUUUUCCCAAUAGACAAUUGAUCUGAUGAUUGAACAUUGGUAUCUUUAGUUUAGAUAGUUUAGUCCUUAUUAUGGUAACAGGUGAAAAAAAAAAGCAUCGUUGUGAUUACACGUUUUUUUUUUUACCUUGGCUGAAAUGUGUAUUUAUUAUAAUGAUUGUGAUGAUUCUGCUAAUGUUCUGUUUGUUAUCGUGUCGUUAUCUCUUCGGUGUGCUUUCUUUUCAUGAAUCAAGGCAAAUAAAGACAUCCAGAGAGCCGCU